AGACAGCAUGCUGCCGGUAGUGUCAGUCGGUGAUUGUGAUGCGUGAGGUGCGUGCGGUGUUCACAGUGCGGUGUCAUGCUCUGUGGGUAACAUAUAAACGUGCGUUUUUCUCCAACUUGGUACACGGUUUUGUCUGAAAUCAUCGCCGACUCUCCUCUCCUAUGUCACGUCGUUUUCUCCUGUGGGAUGUUCUCCGUUGGCGCCAAUUUCGCGCCGACGUCUGAUCCUUGAUGACGUCUCACUUCAUCGCCAAAACACCUUUACAGACAACGGUUUCAGUCGCAGACUGUGAAAGGUGACGCCAUGGUCGUUUUCAAGCCAACGGAAGAGAUGGCGCUGACGCAACAGGCGUCCCCGAAACUGCGACGGUCGAGGAGACUCUCAUCAACGCGAGGGUUGGUGCCGAAGAAUAUAAGGGAACUGGGAGAGCGUGAUCUGAAUCAAAAACUGGGACUUUGCCCGAUUAUGAGCGUGAGGACCACGGAUAAAAAGAGUCUGGACCGUGGUCGACUGUCCCAGGAAUGGGAUUUCAAUGAAAAAAUCAGUCUCAGUAGCGGAUCCAGUCCCAGGAUCGAUCUUAGGGCUGGUUUUGAGCUCGCUAAGGACUCUGCAAGGUUAGCCGAGCUCAGAGGAGAAGGAAAGAACUCAUCGCAGUGGUACGUUAACCGUACUGCCUGCAAGGACUCCAGGGUCAUUCAGGAAAACGUGAUAAAGAGCGACUCGAAGUACGAGAUUGGAGUGCCGAAGGAGUCCGGAAAAGUCCCAGGGAAAACGAAGGUACAGAGGAAUCGAGAGAGUGAAACUGCAGGCUCGUCCUCUAAGACCAUGCAGAGGUCGUCGAGGGAUGGAGAAAAGACGACGGGGACGAAGAGCAGAUCAAAAGUGAGCAAGGAUAAAAUCGAAAAGGCAAACGACUCGAUAUCGAAAAGGUUGGAGCUGAUACACGAACUGAAUCAAAGGAUUCUUGCUAACUACGAAAAGUUCCAGCAAAAGUCGAAAAGGUCGCAUUCGAAGAGCUCGAAGGACUCGAAGGAAGCCUUGAGAGGCUUGAGGAGGGAUUCAGAGGUCAGCGGCCGAAAGCCGGCCGAAAACUUGAGCACAGUUUCCAAAGAGUUGAUCGCCUACUCUCAGGUGACUAAAACGAGGCAGAAGACCAUCGACCCCACACGAGAUACACAGGACUUUCAACGACAGAAAUCUGACACGAGCAAGUUUACGUUUUCUCGCGAUUAUUGCGAGCGUCUCGUCUCGAAGCUGGACAAGCCCGAAACAAAUCGCAAGAAGGGAAGGGCACCAGUUCCGCCCAAGAAACAACCUUCAAACCCGAAGACGUUGCGUGACGUUAAUGAGAACUUCAGCAUGGCUCCUAGAGCGAAUUUUUACCAACCCCAAAAUCUACCCGAAGUCUGUGAUCCCAGCUUCAAGGUUACGCGAAAACCACACUCCACCGUGUCGAGUCACACUGAGAGAAAAAAGCUCUCUAAAGACAAUGGGUCGAGGUUUUGCUUGGAAGAGGAAAAAGACAAGAAAAAGAUGAUUACAGUCCCGAAAGUGAAUCCUGUUCCUUCCACAGAAUCUGCUUCGAAAGAUGCCCGUCAGGGUGAGCUGCACGAACCAAAAUGCGUGACUGUGCUAUCCAAAAGUGAGAACGUUUCAUCCGGGAUGUCGGAUCAUAUUCGAAGGAUAUCUGAGAGGCCAGAUGAUGGUGAGACUAUCCUGGAAAAGAGGAUCCUCGACGACUUGAACCGCACGAUCAGCAAAUUCGACGUUGAAACAGACACGCUGCAAGUCUCGGUGACGGAAAGCCAAUCUUCAACUGGGAAGACCGAGAGUUUCAGCUCGGAUUCCAUUGAGAGUGGCUCUUCUCCAUCGACGAAAAUGAAGAACGGGAGUUUCGACUCCAGCUGCUGCCACGUCGAGCCCUUCAAUUCCUCUUGGGACUCGGGUGUCGGUGGCGACGUUUGCGGGGGAAGCGGAUGGGUGAGAGUUCACACCGGAAUCGAGAGUAGCCUGGUUUACCUGACCUUGGAAACAACGGCCAAGGACGUUUGCAGGGACAUGCUCCUUGGGGAGGACCUGUCCCUUUUCGUGCAGUACGGCGGGGAACCAGGAAGACGACUAGCACCAAGCGAGCGGCCCCUCGAACUCCAAGACUCGUUUCUCCAAAGACUGGGAUACUUGGAAGCGUCGAGGCGAGCUCGCCUAGGCGUGGACCCGGAGCUGAGGCAUCUGGUCGCCUUCCACGUCGGUCCUGCGGCUCCGCUCCCAGAACUCAGCGGCUACAGCCAAUGUGGCAACGUCCUCGUUCUCAAGGGAUUAGUUUUUCCCCAGUGGAAGAGGCGACCCCUGGCCGUCAUCGGAUCUCGACUCUUCUUGUAUCCAGCGUCGCCAGACUCGUCGCCGGAAUGGAUGGAACUCGGAGGAAACGGAAGCGCCGUCUGCUGUGCUCCAUCGCGGCUGGGCAGGCUCGUCCUUCGAGUGACGGGAUACCCGAGGAUCACAGCACCCCGACAAGGACCUCGUCCUCGAGAGUCUCCUCACCAUCCCGAGACGCGGCAUCUCUACCUUGGCUUCCAUCAUCCGUGGGACAGAGACCUUUGGCGAGGUUGGCUCAAGCAGGCCACUCAGCAUCCCUCGUGUCCCCGUUUACUCGACCUCAGUAAAGGCGGCCUGUCCAGGAUACCGGACAGCACCAUCGCCUUUCCAGCGAUCGAGGAACUGAUCCUUGGACAGAAUCAGCUUGGGAACCCGGACAGCAAUUUGGCAAUAUUGAAGAGGUUUCCACGGCUAUCCGUGGUACACCUGCAAAGGAACAACCUGAAGUGCUUCCCGAGGGAACUCCUGGAAUUGAACGGGCUGACAACCCUCGAUCUAUCCGACAACCUCAUCGCCGAGAUUCCUCCCGACAUCAACCGCCUCGUAAACCUCGAGGAGCUUACUCUGGAUCGAAAUGGACUGAGGGAACUGCCAGCAGAGCUGAGCGAGCUGAGGUACCUGAGAAUUAUCUCUGUCGUUGGUAACUCGCUCGAAGCUUUGCCAUCUUUUCUCAGAAUGCGGGCUCUCGUUGUUUCUGAUGUUCAGCACCGCGGCGAUCAUCAAGGUAGCAAAUAUUUCAAAGACGAGAAAAACAACCGGAACAAUCUGAACAAAGUCAAUCUUAGGAACAAUCAGCUGAAGGGAAGCAUCAUCCUCGGAAAUUACGGAAAUCUGACCCACUUGGACGUGAGUGAAAACAACAUCGAGACUUUGGACAUCAGCGCACUCCAGGGACUUAGAAGCGUCCGAUGCGCCCGGAAUAUACUGAGGGAAUUGACCCUCUGCGGAAGGAACCUCAUCUCCCUAAUCGCCGGAAAUAACAAACUGACAAAACUGACCGUGGAACCAGUGCCAACGAAUCUCGAGCAUCUGGAUAUUUCAUAUAACUCGUUGGAUAGCCUGCCGGACUGGACACCGGAGGUUCCGUUGUUGCGAGCGUUAUUCGCUUCCAACAAUGCUUUGACUGCUCUUCCGGAUCGACUGUUGUCCCAGCCCUCUCGUCUGGAAGUCCUUCACCUGCCCCACAACAGGCUCCAAGCCCUGCCACCCCCCAGGAGGCCUCUGAAUUUAGCGCAUCUGACGCUACAGGGAAAUACCCUGACAGCCCUGCCCGAGAAUUUCUUCCACAAUACGACAAGGUUGAAGGUUCUGAACCUGUCCAACAAUCGCUUGACCGAAUUGCCGAGUGUCGAAGACUCGGCCAAGACCGGACAAGGUACCCAUUGUCUCGAGAAGCUCUACGUCACCGGUAAUUGUCUGACAGACACAGCCUUGGAUUCUCUCGCCAGGCUUCCAGCUCUAAGGGUGCUUCACGCUGCGUACAAUAGCUUGGACACCAUGCCGGAAAGUUGUAUCGCAGCUUGGACCGAUCUCGAAGAACUUGUACUGUCAGGAAACCGUCUACAAUAUCUACCAGACAAUGUCGCACUUUUACGACAUCUACGAGUCCUCAGGGUGCAUUCAAACCGGCUCUUAACCUGCCCGACCUUCAACAAAACCAAUUCUCUCAGGGUGUUGGAUCUGGCUCACAAUCAGCUGGACCGUAUCAACUUGGAAAGCCUCGUCCCACCUCAGCUUCAGUUUUUGGACAUAUCCUGUAACUCCAGGCUGCACGUCGACCCGAGACAAUUUCAAGUAUAUCGUUCUCAAAGACCGUUGUCCCUGGUGGACGUUUCUGGUCAGAAUCGAUCCAGCCUACCCUCUCACCCCCAUCACCAGGAAAUGGUCACCGCUGAACGAAAUUUGGAACAACCCUGGCGACUUGGAUUUUCUGAGACAGCUGGAGGACGCGAAAAAUUAUUCGUAUCCCAAAUCAGAAUGCCAGCGUUCUGCAACGUGGAGGGUCUCUUUGGAGUAUUCGACGGAGGAUCGAACCAGGAGGCGCCUGUGUGCUUGCAAGAGAUGAUCCCAAGGCUACUUCUGGAGGAGCGAACCAUUAAAGAGACGUCGAAGGACUACCUCAAGUACACGUUGCUCUCGGCCCACCGCGAGCUUAAAGAAAAGGGACAAAAAUACGGUGUGGACGCGACGCUGGUUCACCUCACGAGGAUUCCAUCGACCCCCGGCUACCCGCGGACCUCGAGGAGGUACGCUCUGAAGAUCGGAACUUCCGGUGAUGCGAAGGCGGUCCUCUGCAGGGCUGCGGGACCGCUGGUUCUGGCACCGGCAAAGAAGAGCCAGGCUGGAAACCAGCUUGGAAACGCGGCUAUGUUUCCCCUGGUAGUUCCCGACCCGGUAACGGAGGAGGUCCUCCUCGAGGACGACGACGAGUUCGUCAUCGUUGGUAACCGCAGACUCUGGGAGGUGCUCAGCGUCCAGGAAGCCGUCCGCGAGGCCAGGGCUGAAGCCAGUCCCGUUCUCGCGGCAAAGCGACUUCAGGACUUGGCCCAAGCCUACGGUGCCGAGGAAAAUCUCAGUGUCAUUGUACUUCGGCUGACCGGACCUGGGACAGGUGACAUUGACCAGCUCAUGAGGGAACUCAGGCACGCCGUUGGGAAAACCAGGAACCAGAACGAGGGUGGUGGCUGCAUUUGCGCCUGCUGCCAACCCCCUGCCCUCCACAAGUCACCCGCGCCCUGCUGCUGCCAUGUGAAUAAUGGAUAUUAUCUCAAUGGGGUGCUGAAGAAUAUUGUGAACAGUAGAACGAGCAAGUCCCAGGAGCCGGCUGGGCGGGGAGGAAAACCCUCCAGAACCUCGGAAAGUGACGGUGGUACCGCACACGGCGACGACCGGAGUUCACCUAGCGGUCAAUCGGAUCAGGCAAGCGACAGCACCUUCAAGUCAAGGCAGCCAUCGGGUCGUGGUUGGGUCACCGGAAGCGGCGGACCCACGCGGGUCUCGCGAACCAGGCAGGACGGCGAGAACCGGAAGUCGGGUGGAACCGGCUCGCCAGAGGCGGAUGACGCGCUUUCGGAACGUUCGGGUGCUCUAAGUGAGGAGCAGUUCCGUUGCUGGGAGUACAUGCUGGAACAGAACACCCAGUUACUCUUCGACAAGGAGCUGGACACCCUGACGCGGUCGCCGCUGCGUCGAGGUCAGUCAAGGUCGACACCACAUUUGACUGGGAACCUGCCCUUCCUCUCUAAGCGAUUCGGCAGCGCGAGGACCUUCAAUCCUGGACUGCCCAGGACGCCGGUCAGGUUUGGAAGUGGUAGAAGGUUCCUGACCGGUGGUCCAAACGCUGCCUACUUCGGCAGCCUCCAGAGGCUCAUGCCCUACAAUCUGGAGUACGACUUCGCUGUUAUCCAGGAACGUAGCGGACUCGACUCACUCGAACAAGAUACCACUAGAAUGCAGCAGUACUGGGGCGUCGCCACGACCGAGCUGUGAGCGGAAAUUAGAGGUGGCACUUUGACAUCGAGGUGUUGGAUCGCAUCGCGGAUGAACACCUGAGGCUCGUUGAAUUUCAGGAAGACGGAUUAUUCGGGUUAUGUAGAUGCCGGUGAUGAGGUGGUUCUCAGACACUGCACCUUGUUUUAGGAAAGUGCUUGUUGGGAAAGAAAAAGUGGAGUAAUAUUACGAAGUCGGAUCGUCAUCGAAUAAAUUAUUCUUUCGUGUAAAUCAAAUCUAGUUUAAGAAUAUACAACUACCAGUUUUGUGAAUUGUAUAAUGGUGAUUGUUUCGGAAAAACCGCGGUGAAAUUACGGACACACAAUUUUCAAUUCGUUGCAUGAAUGUUUUAUUACAAGUUAUAUCCUGAAAAUGAAUCAUAAGCGAGUAAGAUUCGAUAACGCGUAAACUGAGAAUCAAACUUGAGUUCAGAUUUUGAUCAUCCAGCUGUCCCAACUGUGUUUAUGUUUGGAUCAAUGUGGAAACUGCACUAGCAACGCCUUAGAAACCUCUCAAGCAACUUCCGUUAGACUCAAGAUUUGAAUUUCUCAAUGACAGAUAUUAUUUUAAAGUGUAUCUUAAAUCUUUUCUCCUUCCGAAUCUCGUCAACUUGAUUUAAAAAAAUUCCAAUUGACCGAAAACUAGGUAUUAAUGUCAAGUAGAAGUAAAUAAAGAACGAUGCUUUGCACUCGGUCUUCGGGAUAACGAAUUGAAAGGGAGGAGACCAAUUGGAUUCCACCAAAAUUUAAUGGCAAUUCAAAUAUUUGUUCCACCUGCACAGGAAUUGAAACAGUUGUCAUGAACUGAUACAUUAUGCUGAAAAAAGGCGAUUGGCAGAAAGACUACGCGAUUACGCUGAAUAGCAAACGAAAUCGAUGUUCUCGUAAUUUAUCGAUGACUUGCGUGGAUAUGUGUAAGGAGUCAGAUAAGUUCAUCGGGAAAAAAUUAAGGUCAGGUUUAGAUUAAGCGAAGUUAGGUUACGUAUACCCAUCCAGUUCUACUUUUCAAGUUUCACGUGUUGAACGUAUCGAAGAGCGUUGGAAACCUUUCGACAUACUUGUGCAAAGUAAAGUGCCUUCAGACCUUUGAAUAAAAAAUGUACCUGAGUAUAGCAAUCGCAUUGCUGCUAUUGCUUUGAAGUAUACUAGAAAGCUGUACGCAUGUGCUUGCGACUUGGUUCCAAUCGUUUUCACGUUAUUCAGUUUAUUCAAGUAACAUCGGCAUCGCUAACUAAAAUAUUGAAGUAAGUUGAUUGAACAAGUCUGGUUGACAAGCCAUUUCAUGUUUACGGACACGCCAUCCGACGGUGAAAAGUAUAACACAAAUAAUACACUCCGUCAUAUUUAGUUACAAAAGUUGUUUUUCAUCAUAUUUUUCACGGCCGUUCGAAUCAUCGUGAUAAACGAACAACCCAAUAGCUUGCACGGCGUAUUUCAUGCUUUAAUUUUCAUUAAACUUACUCGAAAUGCAAGUCAAGCUAACAGGUUAGAUUUCAAUGUAUUCUAUUUUUCCGAUAACGUUAAAGAGAUUUUAUUUCUCUUGACUUCCAUUCCAGGAACUAAGUGGGUCCACGGUUCACAAGACCUCAGAUAACAAUGUAUUGUAAAAAUUUUAUAUUACAGUGAUACGAGUUUACGAUAAUUAAGGUAACGUUAAGUUUUUUACGCAAGCCCACUUCAUAACGUCAUGUGGAUUACUGGCAAUCCAGGCCAAACGAUAUCCCCUGGCACGUAAUUAUAAGUUUGAUCAGCUGAUUUCAUCAUCGUAGAUGGUAUCAGUGGAAGUGUACACGUGCAAAACUUGCCCAAUCCAUAUCGAGCUACCUGCCCUUACAUAGCGUAUUACAGUACCGUAGAAUCAUUUAAUUGACUAAUUUACUACCUGUUUUGUAAUGCGGGUGUACUAGCAAGUCGAUUUUCUUAGUAUUAUAAUCGUUGUCUUUAUCCAUUUUCACAUAGUUAUACACCAUUUUUUUUUUUUUUUUCGACAUAUCCGCAUUACCAGAAUCCGGACUUGAAAACGAAAAUACUUUAAUUCUAACAAUUUUCUGCGUUGCAGUUACAAAUGUUACCAUAUCAAGUUCCAUUUUACAAAUAAAAAAUCCUUCAGAUGUAUCAUAUAUUUGACUGAAAACACGAUCACGACAGUUUUCAUAAUUUUCAAACAUAAACUCCUCAUGAUACAGUACCUAGAUAUAUUUUAUUCAAGAAUAACAUCCCGAAUUAAUUAUUGUCGUUUACAGAUUUAUUUAUAGAUUUAUUAGGUUGCACUGUAAUUAAUAUGUAU